AUGGCUCGUACCACACUCUCUUUCUAUACCGUUUGCUUCAUCCUAGCUCUCACGGGCUCUGCUUUACCGGCCAAGCGCGCGGACCCUUCCUCGCCUUCCAGUGCGGUUGCCCCCAACGGCAUGGCGAAUAUUGCCUAUGAUGCUGUGAAGGUGAGCUAUACGUUGAAAACGCCUGAUGGGACGGUGAUUGAUAGGACUCAGUCCACCACCCACAUGGCGCAGGACAUCAACAAGGAAUUCUAUGACGAUGAUGAGACGCCAAAGCCCACACCCGUCGGUAUCCACCCUGUUCCCACGCCGUCCAGCAGUGGGACAGCAACCAAGUCUCUGAAGGACCUUUACAAAGCGCAAAGUGCAGAGAGAGUGCAUGAUCUCGAGGAGCCCUCAUCCUCACCCUCACCUGAGCCGAAGACCGACACCAAGCCCGAGGAGCCUCAGGAAGAGGAAGAGACUCCAACAGAAGAUCAAAAGCAAAGCGAGCCUACUCCCACUCCUACUCCAACUCCCACAAAGAAGUCCGGUAGCAGCGCCUCUGCAGCUCCAGCCGCUUCUAGCCCUCCAACUCAGAAAGACAACCCUACCAACGAUAUCCCUGUCAUCGGCCCUCUCCUGGGAGCAUUCGGAGGAAUUCUGUAA